AUGUUUGUGCACGGUGGAGAUGACAACGUCUUCUACGGUGACCUAUGGAGCUACAGCUGGUUGGCCAACUCACAACUCGUGGACCCUGCUCACCCCACCUGGCACAGGAUGGCACCAGGGUUGAGCACGCGGCCCUGUGGAACCCAGUCAGGUCAUGCUCCUCACAGGGGGCAGGCACCCUGGGCAGCCUUGGGCAACGACCUUGCCCCGGGCCGACGCCAGACGUCCACGUCCUUCGUCUGGGACACGACGACAGGGGUGGCGCUCCUCUUCGGAGGAAACCUGCAAAGUCCACCGGCAUCCAACGACUUGUGGCAGUACACGUACCAGACAAACACCUGGACGGAGCUCUUCCCCGGGCAAUUGUUUUGGGUGCCUCGCCCGCGAAGCUGGCGGACCACCAAGGAGCAGACUGCGCACGUUGCAGGCGGCUUUGAUUGA